AUGGACGAACAGACCCCCAAUCGACCCAUCCGCAGUGAUCCUCCGGCUAUGGCUGGCCCAAGCUUGCCGCCGGCUUCCGGACCUCAAAGGUCGGCUUUCAGCAAAAGGAACACGGCGUUAGGUCAAUCUGCAAGUCGAACAGGAUCCUUCAACUCACCUCUAGCCCCUCGUCAUACACCUUACGAAUCGCCCAACUCCCAAACACCAACGCUUGCCCGUAGGCAGAACGUCGCCGCUAGUGAUCGGACUAGGUCAGGAACAUCUUCGAUGGGACCUCUCGGCCUGGGUGGGAUGGUGGGAUCACAACGACAUACCAGUAGUCUCCCCGGAGCAACCCGACCCCCAAUGGCCUCCCAAGAUCGCUAUCCCGAAUCACAGCCCAGAUCUAUGCCCAAUCAGGAUCGGUCCCGAGGAUCAGAGAGUCCGCUCGAGCACGAUACGCCUGCAGUCCGAAAUGAUCGUCCAGCCGCCAGCAUCGGCCAGAGUCAGCGAUACCAGGGCCAGGAAGCACAGGUGCAACGGGUCAACAACCAUCAGAUGUCGGACUUGAUCAAACAGCUUCAAGAACUCACUGCAACCGUUACACAGCUACGUGCCAAGGAAGUCGAACGUGAUGAGAUGAUCAAGGACCUCCGUACAGCGGACGCAAAACGCCAGGAAGAGUAUCGAGCCCUGGAAGCAGAGGUCGCGGUGUUGAGGGACGGUCGGGCCGGGAUGUCUAGAGGAUCGAGCCAGAAUGCGGUUGCGGGGCCGUCUGAGGGGCCAGGGAAAGCUAUAAGGGAUGCGCAAUGGAAAGGGAUCAGCAAGCAUGUCAGGCAAGCGGUAGAGGAUCUGUACGGCACCACGAAAUUCCUAGAUCCCUUUCCCAGCGAGGAGGCGUGGCCGAUGUUAGAGGCAUCCGAUGGAACAGCAGCGAGACCUGCUAUGAGGUGGAACCUGUUAGAAGCUUCGACAUCAUCGCACAAUCUGGAACAAACCUCGAUCCUCAUCAACUAUCUCCGUACCAAACGCGACUCCAUCCCAACAACGUCCGAUUUCCCCCUCGAUUCAUUUCCCCCUCACGACAAAGCAACAGACCUGUAUGCCGACGCCAUCGCAGGUUAUCAGAAGCAGCUAUCGAGAUCGUACAGAGAGAAGGUGGUGAAGGAGUGGGCGAAGAAUGGGAGGGCGGAACUCACCAGUCAGAUCGAGUCGGCAGAGUCUCGGGUGAAGGCUGGAGACACCGAAGCUGUUGCCUUCCUGGUCGAGCUCCGAGGAGAAUUUGCGGCGCAAGAGGCGAAGUACAAGAAAUUGCCGUCGGGAUUUACCAACAAACGCCGGUCCAAGUUGGUCAGCAUGGCCGGCUGGAUCAAGAACCGCAGGCUGCUCACCGAGUUCGCCUCGCCCGAUUACGACUUGUUCGAGAGCCUUUACUGGAUCCCACCCCUGACGGGAAUACCGGAUGAGUCCGUCCCGCCGAAGUACAAGUGGCAGUGGUCUGAUCCUACAGGUGUCUAUUCAGAGGAGUGGAUCACUAUCUUCAACCGCCUCUGGAAGUUUGAUCACGCAUCGUUCGAUGACAAGCAGCGACGAGGACCUGAUAUCGACAAACUCGAACCGGGUCAGCAGAUGCAGCCGUCCAAACCUUACUUGGUAUCAAGUGUCGGACUCCUUGAGCAAGCUCCGCAAAGCUGGAUGUUCGAUGAGACUUGGUUAGCCGCAAACAAGGACGUCGCUGCAGUCAAAAUCGUGCCUACCGAUGAAUUCCUUACGAAGCAACAAGUCCGUCUGACACCUUGGUACUUGAACCAUCCGUGGGUCUUGAGCAAUCGCGGACAGAACCACGGCCGAUCGGGCUCAGAAUCUGGAGAGGUCAGCACCGACACUACAGGAACGACCACUGAUGAGGAAGGAGUACCUACCCGGGCGCCCAGUCAAGCCGACCGCUCCCGCUCCGUCACCACCGCCGAGCCCACCGCAAAGAGGGUGCGGAUUGAACCUCCCGCGACGUUCAAUGCCUUGCCCGCUUCCCAGGACGAAAGGGAGGACGAACCAGGAUCCAGCCAGGAACAUACGCCCCGUGCAAACAAGACCUAUCACAGAGACCAAUUUCAGUCGGCGCAAUCGUCGUCCAACUCGUACUCACAACUGAGGCAGCACGCGUACAACCCUGGCAUGCCGAUUGAUCCAUCGAUCCAAUCCUUCCGGCCAUCGUCUCAAGGAUACGCGCAAAGCCAACCCUUCUCUCAGACUCAAACCUACCUUCGAGACCCCGGGGGUAGCGAGGCGAUGUUCUAUGGCGAUAGUCGAACUGGCAGGUAUCCCGAGGUGGAGCGGCCUUCCGGUCAAGGCGGCAUGAACAACCCGGUCAUGAGUCCCCAUCAAUUCGCCCCAACCUCUCCAUACGGACAAAUGGGUUACCGCGCCGAAACGAGGGGUGAGAUGGAGGACGACACGUUCAUGGGUUCCCCGCCCAGGGAUGACUUCUGA